AUGUCAUGAGACGAAGUGACAUUGAAUUACAGAGAUGCUCUCCUUGGCGUCCAGCCCUCGCCGUCGGUACCUAUAUUUUGAUAUAGUAUUACCAUUUAAUCAACUAUUCGGCUUCAUUUAUGUUAUUCUCACUGGUUAUCUAUUCAAUACGAUGGGUCGUGGCAUAAAAUGGCCAGAUAAGAGCGGUACCAACCGCGAUGAUGUACAGAACUAUGGUGGAGUGAAUCUUCAUGGGAUGUUUAUGUCAUCCGCAUUGGUAUUCAUUCAGGGUGAAGCCCUGCUCUCAUACCGGUUAUAUCGAUACGACGCAAAACUCCUCUCGAAAUUCAUCCAUUUUUCCUUCCACAUAUUAGCGAUUGCGCUGUUUUUGACGGGUUUCUCUGCUAUUGUGGUCCAAAAAAAUUAUCUGGGAUUGUCACACUUCACAUCAGUGCACAGCUGGAUUGGACUUUCCGUGAUGUUCAUCUACAUAGUUCAGUUCACUUUCGGAUUCGUCAGUUUCUUUAUUGCUGGUAUCAAUGACGAGACGCGAACGAAGUUCAUGCCUGUGCAUCAAACAGUUGGAGCACUGCUUUUUGCAGUCAGCAUUGCCCAAGCCAUCAUUGGCUUUGUACAAUACGAUGAUUUGUACAAUAGACUCUACGGCAACGACGGCUGUCCUACAGACCGUGAAGCCCCGUUGGUGUGCGGAGACUACAAAUUUGUUUACAACUUCGCGAUCAUUUUCUGUGUUCUAUAUGCACUGACUCUGCUCUUCCUGGUGGUUCCACCAAUCUGGAGGCGAAAGAAAACUGAAGAAGAAACGCAAUGAUCUGGUUUGAUAUCAGGACUUUUAUGUAUUUAUCAUUUCUUUUAUAUUUUCACCUGUUAAAAGGGUACUCUCAGAAAUAUAUUAUGAUGAUAAAA